GUUACAGUUUGUGCCACAUAUCCGUUUCCAAACGACAACUUUGUACAGUCAGACUGGGCUGUAAACCAAGUCCAGAGGCAAGGGCUGCACUUCGUUUUCAGGAUGUGUUCCCCGGGACUCUUGUUCAGUAUGUGAAUAUCGUCUGGUGGAGCUUAACCAUAGACGUAGUAAAUAAUUCCUAUUUGGGGAAACUUUGUCGACUACAUAGCUAAUGAAGAAUAGGUAGUUAAGCGAACCGUGGCGAAGAUUAGCUAACUAAGCUAACAACCAUUUUCAAUGGGGGGAGGAGAGUGCGCUUUUCUGCAGGUUUAUUUGAAUUCAGAGACUACCUUUAGCUGUUUGACAAUGGCGUAGCACUCUGUAAACAGCUUGGGUUGUUUGAGACCUCGAUAUAGCCUGUUAAAGCUGCUAUGGAGUACUGCAAAAUGGAUAACAACAAGCAUAAUUUGUUUUGGGGGUUGAGCUCUGUGCUGUUAUCAGUUAUAAGAGAUUGCUUUCACUGAUUUCGCCGUUGCCCGACAGAACACAUACUAUGAGGUUGCCAGGAAUUUCCUCAGAGGAGGAGUAUUAAGCCGUGAUCAUCAUUUUCGUUUGCGAAGAAUGUCCGACUUUGAAAGUUCCAGAUCAUAUUUUGGUUUGGAGGAUCCGCAGUGGCUAUGCAUGGUCACGCUUUUCAUCGCGUCCCUUGUUACUCUCAUACUGUAUUUCGUACAGUAUUUCCAACAAAAGGGUGUAGGAAAUAAGCAGAAAGCAGCAGAGGACGAUGCGGCGAAGGAGGAAGCCGCCUCUCUGCUGGGAUGGGCGCUGUCACUGAAAAGCUGGAAAAGUCAGUGGAGAGGAGCUUGGUGCAGAGCAUUGAAUGACGAGUCAAGGAAGCGUGGGGGUCCUGUUCUGUUAACCUUUGAAGAGGAUGAUCUCAAGGCAUCAGAGCUCAUGGUCAGGCAGGUGUCCAGCUUUCAGAGGUCUGCCAGAAACAAGGCUGCCUCCUGCAGUGUGGUUGGAGAGAGGAUUCAGUUCUCUGUCAGCGCAACCUCAACAGCCUUGGCUACAGCAGGUCCUUGUAAAUACACCGCCUGUAUAGCUCCAUUGGUGUUUCAGCUUGAUCUACAGAUGGAGGAAGCUGGAGAUGAGUUCAAGGUGAGCUGGGGAGUGUCUCAUCUGGAGAUGGGGGAGCUGCAUGUGACACCCACUUUCACACAGGACAAUCCCUGCACAUCCAGUGUGGUACCCAUAAAGGAGCAGUUGAGAGAGCUGUUAUGUGUGACGCAUCCUUCUGUGUUACUGAACUGCAGGCCUGCUCAGGCCUCAGAGGUCAAGGAAGUCCGCAACAACGUGGUUUCACCCCCCAAACCCCCCCGUGCCCACGACUGGAAGCUGCUGGUGAAGAACAUCCGGGUGACAUUGAAUCAGCAGGAAGAUGCUGCAGGCAGCAUGAAUCCUCUGUGUGUACUGCAGUUAGAUGAUCCUCCACAGAGGUUUAACACCUCUGUUUUGAAGAACACAACCAGUCCUGCCUGGGAUCAGCCGUUUAUCUUUGAACUGAAUGGACUUUCAAAAGAGCUCAGCAUUCAGUUGAUGAAUGAUGGACAGCCUCAAGAGAUUUCCUUACUUGGUCAGGUGUCAGUGCCUUUUGAUCUUGUAAAGAAGCAGCCCAAAGGACAGCAAACAUUUGCUCUCAUGACCAAAGAUGGAGUGACUGGAUCACUUACUACUGACUUUACCUACCUGGAGCCCAGUGAGGUGAGAUCCUGGCACCCUCCCACACCAGCCUCCAGUAAAAGGGUGGAGAUGGAUCGUACUGUCAUGCCCUGUGGCACGGUGGUCACCACCAUCACCGCAGUGAAGAGCAAGCCCGGUCGACCACUCCCUCCUGGACUUAACAUAGAUCCUACCCAGAAAGCGGCAGCUAACAAGCCCAAGCUGUCGGAGCGUCGCGUUUCAGAGCAGGCAUCUAUGCUGGGCACCACAGUCAGCAAGGCCCUGUCCUCUUCUGAUACUGAGCUGUUGAUGCUCAACGGCACAGACCCGGUUGCUGAGGCUGCCAUCAGACAACUUCACCAGUCUGCCAAACAGAAGCUCAAGUCUCCAGUGAAGAAGAGUACCAUCAUCAUCUCAGGCAUUGCCAAAACGCCCUUGUCUCAGGAUGAUGAGUUAGCUCUGAUGGUGGGCUAUGCUGCUGCGAUGGAUGCCUCGAUAUCAGAAGGCAGCUCUACUCAGGAUGUGACCACAGCGAUUGUGUCAGGGACCAGUAGCCCUCCAGAGGAGUCUGAGCCCCAGGCAGGGCCCAGUGGAAUAGGCAGGCCUCCAGAGGACUGGGAGAGCCAAACUGGAGAGGAACUAGACCGUACAUCGCUAUCCAUGUGCAUGUCUGAGACGAGCUGCAAGAAGAGCAGAGGCAGCUUCCUUCAGAAGAGUGCCAAGCUCUUCUUCCGGCGGCGUCACCAGCGAAAGGACCCGGGGAUGAGCCAGUCACACAAUGACCUGGUUUACCUGGAGUCUCCGGCCGCAGUGGAGCGGGCCAGCCGGACAGCCACGCUUAGCCGUAUGCUCAACCGCAAGAGUAAGAAUAAGAGCAAAGCCAACGGCUCUACCUCCAUGGGGGAGCCACAUGCGUGACCCUCUCCACCUUUCUCCUGUCACCUCAGUUCUUACCAUCACCACUUCCACCUCAGACUUGCACUUGCAAACUUCCUAGCUAACAAACCCCCUUCAUGCCUGACUUGCAUACUGGGGUCCCUAUGUUGGGAAUGGUAAAGCUGUGUAGAUAGAAAAAUAUCCUCUUUUACUGCCAUUUACUGCUUCCUGUAAGAGGUGGGUAUUCCACCAAAAGCAAGUGUGUGCAUGUGUGGAUGAGGGUCCUCCUGCGUUGGACUAGUGGCAUUUUAGAGGAUAUUAUUCUGCAUGUGUCUUUUAUUUGCUUUUAUGCAACAUUUUGAAAUCUUGAAGUGCUUUUGUGGCCUUGUUCCGGACAGAAAGGACUGAUGUGGGCUGACACUCUUAACCUCAGUGAUGCUGAGGGUAAAGAGGAAACUCUUCCUGCUGUAAACCGUAAGUUUCCUACGGUGGACCGGCGGGACCAAAGAUGAAGAGUGGUAUUUGUAUGAUUUGCACAGUUUUAGUACCUUUUAUUUAAAGUGCAAUGACAGGAACUACUCUUAUGAUAGCAAUUCAUGUUUAAACAAAGGGAGAUGAUCUUAUAAUUGCACACCUGGUGCAAGUGGGAGGUAGUAACACAGCUACUUUUUGACACUAAUACUAUGAAAUAUGGCAUUUGUUUAUAACCCUUGUAAUUUUAUUCCAAAUAAAUCCGUAACUCUAACCCAACAGCAGCUAUAUGUAAUGUGCAUAUAAAAGCUAUAAAACCAAGGAAUGCCGAAAAACGUCAGCCUUUUGUCCGACAAAGCUAUCAGAACCAGACAUUCGUGAUUGGCAUGUCCAGAGGGCGUGUUAUCAUGCAACACUGCCCAAUAGCAUAAGUUACAUAAGCAGCGAUGACACUGUGGCUAACAGAAACUUGAGCUAUAUGUGAGCAUUUUGUGUUUAUUUCUCUCUGCAGUGUUUUCAAAUGAUAUGCAGCUUUCUUCUUUGUCUUCCUAAAAGAUUCCUCUUGUACACUACUGUCAGCAGGGUUGUUAAUGUGUCAAAAGGGAACUGCGUGAAACUUUUAUCCAGGGACUGUGACAUUAUACUUGGCCAUACUUGUCACAUUACGCACUAAUGAAAUUUGUUCUACACUCAUUUCAAUCCUGCAUUUCAUCUGAAUGAAAUCCUUUGUCUUGUAUUUGAUGUUUUAUUGUUUUUAAAAGAUGUAGCUUUGAACACAUGAACAAGAGAAAGUGUGAGGAGCAACCACAUCGUUUGGCUGCUUUUUUUUAAUCCAGCUAAUGAUUGUAUUUUCUUUCUGGAAGCAGCUUGUACAUCAUGUUAACUACUGUUUCUUCAAUAAGUUGUUGAUGCAGCGGAGUGACAGGCAGGACUAACAGUUUGCCCUACAGUUCUUCUGAGGAUGAUGUCACGGGGUCGAAUUGUUCCUGGACUUGAUAUAACUUUUGGCUCCUGAGGCUUCAUCCACCAUCUCACCAGAGGACUGAGAGACUAUAGUGAGUUGGCUCUGAGAGACAAACAUAUCCCCAUGUUUCUGCAUCAUCAUUAAUGUCUAUAAUCAAAAAGGCUAUGCACAUAACAUAUAUGUUAACUGUUUACAUUAUUGACUGUCACAAUUAAAAACAUGUUUUUGUUGUUGACAACGCUCUGCUGCAGAUCCAUAUGGUUGUCUUGGUAUUAAAGGUCCACUGGGUAGGUUUCAGUGGCAUCGAGUGGUGAGAUUGCAGAUUGCAACCAGCUAAACAUCCCUCGCAGUGGCUGUUAACACUGGAAGUGGAGCCAGUGUUUGGUUUCUCUCCUCUAGCCUACUAUAGAAACAUGGUGGACCGUGGCGCCCUCCCUCUGUAGACAAAAAAUGCUAAUUUAAGUUAGCGAAUACACAACAAUUCUUAGUUUAUUGUGAUAAUACACCAAUGAAUCAGAAUCAGAAUUCCUUUACUUAUCCCCAAAGGGAAAUUCUUUAAAUAUCAUAUUCCAUUCGUGCCCCUGAAUCCUGUCCAGUGGACCUUUAGCAGUCCACGAUAGAGCUGUGUCAUGUCAUCUCAUCACCUGCCCUCCUCCACCAUCACUGACUGUAGUCCAUUGUGUUCAGAUUCAGGCCGAAAGCAGAAAAUUCUGUUGCCAUUCAGAAAGAAUCACCUCUAAACUCUGAGGAAUGGAGCGGAAGAUGGGUUGUUUUUAAUCAGCUUCAGAGCCCUUAUUUAUGGCAACCUGCUAUUAUGCAUUCAGUAAGCAGUGGGUCUGUAUGUGAUUAAUAAACUGCUUCCUGAUGUUAUUUUUUUCUUAACGUCUGCUCUGCGCACAGAAGCUGACCUAACUGUUGUUGCAGAAUGUCAGUCAUUUCCCUGCAGGGACUGUAACUAAUAUACAUUUGAAUUAUUUCAUUUUCUUCAACAAUAAAUAUUGAUUGAAUAACUGAGA